GUGUUGCAGCCAGCACAGGCGGCGGCAGCAGACCGUGUUUUCUGAAAUCACACAUUGACGCCUAUUUGUUAUCUUGCUUAUGACUAUAUGACAUGUUUUCCUCAUAAUACAACAAUGUUAAGCGUCUGAUAGGAUACUUGAACAUCUGGCAGUGCUGGAAGGAGGGGAGGAGGGAAGGAGGAGAGGAGGGGUUGAGCAGGAGGAGGGAUGUGGAUGGAGGUUUGUCAUCUCUACAUAAACUGGCCGGGGAUUUUUCUCCCCCCACUCUGCAGCAGCAAACAAAGAGCAAGAUGGAAAAGUCAUUGUGCAUGUUGGCUGCUGUGAUUCUUCUGGGAGGUUUUUCAGUGCAGAUGAACGAUGCAGCUACUGAGAGUUUUUAUUCAUCGAUCAACUCGACUUUAAAAUCUGUGACUGUGGAGCCGCAGAUUCGCAGCAGAGACGGACAAACUGCAGCAGAAACAAAGUUACUCACCAACACCACUGUCAAAAACACACAGUUGGACACCAAGAACACCAAGCAAGACAGCGAAGAAGUGAAAAGCGAUAAAGAAGAAGAAUCAGAUGACAAGAAGACAGAAGAUGAGAAACCUCAACUUGACUGUCCUCCUCUCGGCCUGGAGUCUCUGCGGGUUGAUGACAGCCAGAUUAGGGCUUCUUCCUUUGAGCGGACUGGUCUGGGUCCUCACAGGGGGCGGCUGAAUAUCCAGUCUGGUAUUCACGAUGGGGAUGAGUACGAUGGAGCCUGGUGUGCGAAGUACAAGGACCGGCACCAGUGGCUCGAGGUGGACGCCCUCCACCUCACCCUGUUUACUGGAGUCAUCCUGCAAGGCCGAAACUCCAUCUGGAGCUGGGACUGGGUCCAAUCCUACAAGGUCCAGCUGAGUAAUGACUCUGUGGACUGGGAGACCUGCAUGAAUGGGACAGAUGAAGCAAUAUUUGUAGGGAAUCAGUAUCCAGAGGGUUCAGUGCUUGGAGUCCUUCCAGUUCCCACCGUUGCCCGUUUCAUCCGCAUCAACCCGCAGACCUGGUACGUCAACGGCACCAUCUGCCUCAGAGCUGAGAUACUCGGCUGUCGUGUUGAGGAUCCACAUGACAUCUACUCUUCAGAGCAAGAACAAGGAUCAAAAGACGGUCUGGACUUCAGACACCACAACUACAAAGAGAUGAGAAAGCUCAUGAAAUCUGUGACCGAGGAGUGCCCGGACAUCACCCGCAUCUACACCAUAGGGAAGAGCUACAUGGGUCUCAAGCUCUACGUCAUGGAGAUCUCAGAUAAUCCCGGCAAACAUGAACUUGGUGAGCCAGAGUUUCGAUACGUGGCAGGGAUGCACGGGAAUGAGGCUCUUGGCCGAGAGCUGGUCCUCAACCUCAUGCAGUACAUGUGCCGAGAGUACAAGAGGGGCAACCAACGUAUUGUCCGGCUGAUCACAGAGACUCGAAUCCACCUUAUGCCUUCCAUGAACCCUGAUGGAUAUGAAACAGCUUACGAGAAGGGCUCAGAGCUGGCCGGCUGGGCUGAAGGACGAUACAGCUUUGACGGAAUAGACCUGAACAGUAACUUUCCGGACCUGAACAACAUCAUGUGGGACGCUCAAGAGGCGGCGGCAGACAAAUCCAAAGUCCCCAACCACUACAUCCCCAUCCCAGAGUACUACACCAGAGAAGACGCCACCGUUGCACCGGAGACUCGAGCCGUCAUCAACUGGAUGCAAGAUAUUCCCUUCGUGCUCAGUGCGAACCUCCACGGGGGCGAGCUGGUGAUUACGUACCCCUACGACUGCACGCGUGACUGGGCUCCCCAGGAAGACACUCCCACUGCGGACAACGCCUUCUUCCGCUGGCUGUCCACCGUCUACGCCUCCACCAACCUGGUGCUGGCGAACCCAGACCGCCGCAUCUGCCACUACGAGGACUUCCAAGCACACAACAACAUCAUCAAUGGCGGAGCCUGGCACACCGUCCCUGGCAGUAUGAAUGACUUCAGUUACCUGCACACCAACUGCUUUGAGGUGACGGUGGAGCUGUCCUGCGAUAAGUUCCCUCAUGCCAGCGAGCUUCCCAUCGAGUGGGAGAACAACAAAGAGUCUCUGAUCGUUUAUAUGGAGCAGAUUCACAGAGGGAUCAAGGGUGUCGUGAGGGAUAAACUGACCAAAAAAGGAAUCGCAGAUGCUAUAAUCAAAGUGGAGGACCACAACCACGACAUCCGAUCAGCUACUGACGGAGACUACUGGCGUCUUCUGAACCCGGGCGAGUACAAGGUGGUGGUUUGGGCCAAGGGUUACUUCCCGUCCAAGCGUCAUUGCCGUGUCGGAAUGGAGCCGCAUCCCACCAUCUGCGACUUCAUUCUGACCAAAAUGCCCAUCGAGAGGCUGAAGGAGAUCCGGGCCAGAGGAGGGAAGAUCCCGCAGGACCUUCAGCUGCGUCUCCGAGCUCUGAGGCUCCGCAAGCUUCGCACCAGCACCAAGGCCAUCAACCGCCGUAGGGAGAGUCAGCAGGCGCAGGCGAGGAAAGCUCGGUCCACUGGGGCCCGGAGAGUAUGAGAGGGGAUGAGGGGCCGACGAAGCCUCUGAGUCUGAUCUGGAUUAUGGGUUGAAAAAGUUCAGCCUGAGAAGCGUGUCAUCUGGGAAAAGUGCCAAGUCCCUACUGGUUAUUACUGAGAGGACACAGUUAAAGGGUCAUUUCACCCAAUUUGAAAACACGCAGGCAGUUUUAUGUGCUCAGAUUUCUGCCGUUACACCAAUACAAUAGAUGUGCAUAUGGUGAUCACAGCAUUAAAGGACAGGUUCACAAUUUUUCAAGUCUGUCUUAACACAACAGUCAGUUGCCCCAAUGAACAUUGAAACAUUAGAAGAUCCCUUAAUGAUGCACUUUCAAUGUAAGUGA